CAGCCAGAUGAGCAGCCUUAGUAAAAGACUGACUGAAUUAAGAAGACGUGAGGCUCCUUCUUACUGCUAUCCCCAUGAGGUUUACCGUAGUGUAAAUCUACUGGAAACUGGAGGUUACAUUUUUUUAAAUUUUUUUUUAAAAAAACCACCUCAGUUACUUCUCGCGUGUGUAACUUGCUCCUCUGACCCCAGCUUCAGUUUCGUUUAUUUGUAAUGCAGCUGGGUGAAUAUUUGUCUUGGCCAGUGCGAUUGAAGUUGUGCUUUAAUGUUUGCAUUUGCUCCAGAGCACUGCGACCUGUACAGUAGCUGCGCAUAUAUUCCAACAUUCCACCACUUUAUAGGAUUCCUUCCACCUGCAGCUGCUGAAGCUGAUGUUGCAACCGGAAUGUUUUAUGUUAUCGGUGGUUUUUGGAGAGAAUUGUGGAGCUAAUAUAGGAUGAAAAGACAAAUCCAAGCAUAGAGCAGAGAGACAGAAGAGGAAAGCUGUGAUCGGCCGAAGCACGAAGCUACACGCAUCCGGAAAAGCCUCUCUGAGAGAUGCUCGACAGUGCAAAGACCUGAAGCCGGCCGACCCAUGUGUGUCCCGCUGAACACACACACCCAAGAGUUUCAGACACCGUUGUUGUAGCAGUGUGUCCGUGUGUGUUUGUGUAUACACACUGUGCUGAGUUUGAAGCACUGCGGCGUCGAGGACUUAAGCCAAAGAGUAUGAUUCAACUGUCCACCUCAGUCUGCCUGCUGGGAGGCCUGUUUCUGAUAGCUCCUGUUCUGAUGGCUCCAACGCUGGCCAACAUGUGCAGACCCCUGAAGACGCUCAACGACAGCCUCAGCCACCGGCGACGGUACAUGAAGCACAACUUCCCCAUCAACUACACCAUCAGGGUUCACCACAAGGAAAUCUUUAAACUGUCAAAUAUCAGCAAAAUGAGGUUAAAUGUAGAGGAGUUGGAUGACCUGGUUCUCCAGAGGCUGUGGUUUCAAGUCAACCAAGGCGUGUUAAAAAAGAUCAUCCGGGUUAUGCCAGAGAGACAUCCUUCACGUCCAUACACCGCCGAGUUGGAAAGACGCUUCAGGGAUGCUGAGGGAGUCUUUGUGGAGUCCCAUCCUGCUGAGGUGUUCCAGCAGGAGCUUCCAGACACAAUCCAGGACAUUUGGGAUGGUUUGACAGAGGAGCCUGACAGGGUGCCAGACUCCAGCUGGCGGUUUGCAUCCCCAAAAUCCCUCUUGGACAACUUCUGCCACACCAUGUUCUGCCUCUUCAGCGAGUGCUUCGCCAGCACAGAAGCUCCGCAGGACUAUUGUGACGUUUCCCAUUGGAGGAAGGGUAGGAAGAAAGACUUACAGCCCGAAAGCUGAGAAGAAGCCAGCGGAGCGACGUCCCUAUUGAUAGUAAUUAGGGAUUAUUAUCGCUCUUGAACUGGAGGUAGAGGGGUAAAAGGACAAUCCACACUGAAACAAGAAAGUUCAGUCCCGAUUUGUGAACAUCAAUACGUCUUUCCCAAAUGUGCCAAACGGAGCCAAGAUUGUCUCGAUGACGAAACCCUGACAAGGCUCCGUCAGCCAAAGCAGACAGAAGUUGUAGGCACAGUAGCAGCUUUUGUGAUGACUUCACGAGCUCAUGGACUUUUUCAAGCAAAAAGCUUCAACUCAUCAGAUUUUCCAGUUCUCUGCCAGUCAGGAACCCUCAAGUUUUCUGCAUUUCUCAGAAUUGAUGGUGUGUCACUUUGGUUACUAGUUUUGGAAGAGAUUUCUUUAUGUUCACAUAUGUUGUCUAAACUGGUGUAUGAUCAAUAUAUUCUUUUUUAAAAUGGAUUCUUUAAGAAGGAGGCGCAAGCUACUUCAUUCUUCUCUGCAAAGGCUUCAUUUCCAGCGCUGACUUUGCCAAAUCUCAAAAAGCCUGCGUGAUGCUCCAGUGGAUCUCCCUCAUUUCAGCACAGAGACCAACAACAGAGACUUCACAUUGGAUUAUACUGGGAAACAUCCACAGACUUUGUACAUUAGCCAGACUUCUCUUCUUCAAACUUCAGUGAGCUGAAGGAGCAGUAUGUAAAUGAACUCCAACCCUAAAUGCAAACUGGUAAUACUGUCUUCCCUUCCUGUCCAGUUGUUGAUUUUUAUGCUGUUUGAACAAAUUGCAUAACCAAAAAGCGGUCAAACAAGUGUUCAUGUUCAUUUUUUCCCCAUUCCACACAUUUCUUUCUUUAUGUUUAUCGUGCACAAACAACAAGAGUUGAACCUGGAAACAAAUAAUGACAUCCAAGCAUCUCCCUCCGUCCAAGCAUUCUGUAUUUAUUGUACAUCUGCUUGUGGGCUUUUAUCACCAUUAUGAAUUAUUACACGUACAGAGCUUAAAGAGUGACCACUAGCAUUUCAAAUGACAUCACAGUCAGAAUUUAUUAACUUCAUAAACUGGCCCUGAAUCUGUAUAAAUAAGCAGCUGCAGGUAUUUGUCCGAUAGAUUUGCAGGAGAUGUUGAUGAAAAGAUGAUGGGUUUACAUUUUUCGUGACACAAAAUUGGCACCACAGUCUGGAUUUGGGGGUGUUUUGAAUGGAAUUUCAACUAUGAAAAUCUGUAAAGGUGAAAUCGGGACCUGAGCUUGGCGCAGUUGCAACCGCAAGCAUUGAGUUGACUGUUUUCAAGAUUUAAAUGAUUUACGCUUACGAUAUGUUCUGACUGAGAUUUUACCUCAAAUCAGUAUUACCUGUCAGUCUAUCUGUUCUAGAAGCUGCUUAGAUUCUGUCAAUGCUUCUGUUCAUUUUUUUUUUCCACUCGUACAAUUCAGCAGCCACAUACAAACAGGUGACAAAUUAAAGGAAAACAUGAAGUGUCUUAUGACAUUGUUGGGUCUCGAUCUGCCACCAGAACAGUUUAAAAGCACCUUAGUACUGCGUUUCUAAAGUAUUUAUCAAAUUUCGGCAAAGGUGCACAUGUUUACUGUGUUGGUUCGUGGAGUUGGAUUUGCUCAAAGGUUUUCAAGGAUUCAGGCAACACCCAAAUGUCAGGAUUUCAGUACACCCUUGAUCUUUUCUUGUUCGACUAAAACUGCCUGCAUGUUUUAACGUGUGGUUUCAUUUUACAUGCUUCACUUGAUUUUUGAAGGCAUUGAAGUACAGUGUUGAUAAGCCGUGUGCCAUGUUCUUCUUCUGUGUGACUUACUCCAUUGUGGGAGGUUCAGUAACAGUAAAAUAUAGAGGACGCGGUCGGCCUUCUGCUAGGCUUUUGAAUGACCAACUUAUGAGACCAAUAAAUAAAUAACACUUCCUUCUGACAAGGCCACUCUGUCAGAUUUGGUGUUUUAUCAGAUCAUUGCUUUAACAGCUCUUUAUUGAAGGAUGAAAAGCUGAGACUUUGGCCUGCUUUGACAUUAGAGAUCAGAAUGUAUUUGUUACAUGGGCAAAAGAGUGCAACACAGGUUUUGGUUUGAUAUUUGUAUUAUUAGUCUUAAAGUUAAGUUUCAUUUGCUUUAUGCCCUCACUGUUUUUCCAAGACUGUUGUUUUUGCAUGUUGUUUUUCUCGAUGCAUCUGCUUCAUCAUUGCCUGCAAACUCUGACAUGCUGGUUCAGUCAGUUUAUGGUGUAACAUUCCCCCUGUCCUCUCGUUACUAUUGUGAUAACUGUGUGUUAUUUUACAAAGUUGCUGCCAAAAUUGGUUUGAAAAAGACAAUUAUGUGUUUGCCGUUGAAAUUUUGAUGAAAUGACGUUGUAACCAAGACCAUAAGUAAAAGAAUUCCAUCAAAGAAUACAAAGGAAAUAGAAAUCAGAAAUGUCAUUUUCAGAUUUUGCAUUACAUGAAGUGGUAUUUAUUGCGCAGUCUAAUUAAUGUGCUUCACUUUAGCUGCUUCUAUGUGUCUGUUAAAGUUUUCUGUGUGUAAAAAUGCCAGUUCAUGCAUUCAAGUCUUGCAAGUUUGAUCGCUCUUUAGGCAGGAACAGUAAUAACAUUUAGUUGUUAUGUUAUACUGUACAUACAGUUUUAAAGGGGAAAAACUCGGUCCUCAUAUGCAAAAGAAGCUCCAUAAUGACAUAAAAAAUGAACUGAUGUAUUUCUAUAAAUUCAUCAAGUGUAUUGUAUUAUACUUUAUCAAUCAUAUGUAUGGUUGUCCUUUUGUAACCAUAAGAGCAUUUUAAGGUGUAUUCAAAGAUCCCUAAUUGUGAAAAAUAAAGCGAUAUUUCCCACAGUGGUCCAUCAGCAGCAGCAGAGAGAUAACUGCAAACACAUGGACGGCGAUGGCCUGAUGACAGAUUUUAGAAACAGAUUUUUUUUUAUACACAAGAUAUUGAAUAUUUAUUUUUUGGAAAUGUAGAAUGCUAUGUGACAAUACUUUUAUGAAAGAAAUGCAAAAGUAAAUCACUAUUUUUUAUCAACUAA